CCUCUUCAACAACCUCUGCAAUACAACCUUUCAAGUUUCAUACAUAGAUCAUCUUCUUCAUAGUUUGAGUUAGCCAUGGUUCCAGGUGAGAUCACAGGAAUCCACUAUCUAGCACCCGAAACCCCGAUUUCAAUUCCAGCUAACUUUGGCAUGAUGAAGAGUAUGAGCAACACACCAAACCUUUAUUUCAAUAGAUUCUUAAGCAACUUACCCAACUUUCAUUUCCCUCCUCCAGGCCAUGAAUUUACUCCACAGUCCUCAUGUUUAAGCAAUAACUCUACUUCUGAUGAAGCUGAUGAGGAACAUCAACUCAGUAUCAUCGAUGAAAGGAAACAGCGGCGAAUGAUUUCUAAUAGAGAAUCCGCUCGCAGGUCACGGAUGAGGAAACAAAAGCACCUUGAUGAGCUCUGGUCACAGGUUCUUAGGCUUCGAACAGAGAACCACACACUGAUAGACAAGUUGAAUCGUGUAACCGAGUCCCACGAGCAGGUUCUUCAGGAGAAUGCACGGCUCAAGGAGGAAGCUGUAGAUCUUCGCCAAAUGCUCACAGAGCUGCAAAUUGGCAGUCCUUACACAACUGCUUUGAGAGACUUGGAAUAGGGUCAAUAGGUUUCUUUCAACACAGCUCAUCUCACAGCUGAAUUCUCAAACCAAUCUAUCCUUCAAUUCCAUAGACUUUGUGAGUCAUAUGAAGGCUCUUAUUUUUCCAUAAUAACAAGUCUAUGUUGCUUAUGAGUUAUGUCUACUUUGGUUGUUAUCGUUAUUGCCAUCAAUGCAAAAAACAGAC